ACGUAAUGUCAGAUGCCUACGGAUUGCCAAACUGUAUCGGCAUUAAAAGCAGUCCAUUGUGACCGCGGCUUUAGUUAUAUUGUGUUUGAAUGAGUUGAUAACAUUAACUCGUAGCGACAUUACAUCACGAACUGUUAGCUUGUUUUGUUUUAUAAGUCUUUUGAAGAUGCACCAAGAGAUAUCAGCUAAGGGUGAGGGUACACUGGUGAGAGAAGCGUGUGAUAAGUUCAGGUCCGUGUUCGGUCGGAGCCCUGUGGCGGGGGCAAGUGCUCCGGGCCGAGUCAACCUCAUUGGCGAACACGUCGACUACUGUGAAGGAUUUGUCUUACCUGUCGCUCUACCUUUUACCACAAUUGUCGUGGGUUCAUACAACCACACAGAAGAAUGUAACGUGGUGUCCUUGCUGGCCAGCGGCGACGAGCUGAGAUGCAGCUUCCCGGCGUCAUCAUCAGCAAAGAUACAGGCUGGGAAACCAGCCUGGGCAAACUACAUCAAGGGUGUUGUAGCUAUGUUUCCAGAGAAAGUCCGUGGGUUCGAUGCCGUGAUAGUGUCGGAUGUUCCGAUGGGCGCCGGUGUCUCCAGCAGCGCUUCUCUAGAGGUCUCAUUCUUCACAUUCUUGGAACAUCUCACCGGAGUCAGUGUGCCCACAGUCACAAAAGCCCAGCUCUGUCAGAAAGCUGAACACGAGUUUCCGGGGAUGCCAUGCGGAAUCAUGGACCAAUAUAUAGUCACGCUGGGCAAGAAGGAUCACGCUUUGCUCAUCGACUGUAGGUCGUUGGAAGCGAAGCACAUUGCACUUGAGAGCAGAGACACGGUGAUACUGGUUGUGAACAGCAACGUGAAGCAUCAGUUAACUGGCAGCGAGUAUCCACAGAGACGGGCACAGUGUCAGCAGGCGGCCAGUCUGCUCGACCUGGCCUCCUUGAGAGAUGCCACUGCUGAGGAUAUCAAGAAAUUAUCGUCAGAAGCUGACGAGAUCGUAGUGAAGCGAGCGAAGCACGUGGUUGAAGAGAUCUCGAGAACCGAACUCGUGGCAAAGUUGCUGCCCUCGAGGGACUUUCAGCAGGUCGGUCAGCUGUUUUACCAAUCCCAUGAUUCCCUGAGCAGGCUGAUGGAAGUGUCGUGUCCGGAGCUGGAUGAGCUGGUGUGGAUCAUGAGAUCAGCGCCGGGAGUCUACGGCGCAAGGAUGACGGGAGGUGGCUUUGGUGGAUGUGUAAUAGCUCUGAUUAAACAAGAAUACGUAGGAGAGGUGAAGAGGAAAGUGAUCGCGGAGUACAGCGGGACUCCCACGUUCUUUGUGUGUAAGCCGAGCGAUGGAGCCAAGAUCUUAAAACUUGAUUAGCAAUGUAAAUAAACUGUUAUUGUUGA